AUGAGUUUGCCAGUUUUACACACCACCGGCGUGCUUUAUAGGAGGAUACUAUCCCAGUUUCCACAGGGUAUUGGUUUAGCUUUUGCUUACGGUUCUGGAGUUUUCAAACAGCAUGGGACUAGCCAAGGUCAAAUGGAGAAAAACAUGCUGGACUUCGUGUUUGCUGUGGAUGACCCGGUGACAUGGCACACUAUGAAUCUGCUGCAGAAUCGCAAACACUACUCCAUCCUCAAACUGCUGGGUCCCACGAUGAUCAGCUCCAUACAAAGUAACUACGGGGCUUCAGUGUACUACAACACACUGGUUCCUGUGGAUGGAAAGAUAAUCAAAUAUGGAGUGAUUAGCACAGACUCUCUCAUUGAUGAUCUCUUACACUGGAAGACCAUGUAUGUUGCUGGACGCCUUCACAAACCGGUGAAGAUGGUGGUGCAGAGUGAGAACGGAAAGCUUCGUGCUGCUCUGAUGGCCAAUCUGAAAAGUGCUGUGACUGCCUCCUUUCUCAUGCUUCCUGAAAGCUUCACCGAGGACGACCUUUUCCUGCAGAUCGCUGGUCUUUCUUAUGCUGGGGAUUUUAGGAUGGUGUUUGGAGAGGACAAAUCCAAGGUGGCCAAUAUUGUGAAAGACAACAUGCAGCACUUCCGGCUUCUGUACAGCAACAUCCUGCGGGACUGCCCUCAAGUGGUCUACAAACCUCAACAAGAAAAACUUGAGGUCGACAAAAGUCCCGAAGGCCAGUUUAUCCAGCUGAUGGCGUUACCUCGAACUCUUCAGCAAAGGAUCACAAAGCUGGUCGAUCCUCCAGGGAAGAACCGGGACGUGGAGGAGAUCCUGCUGCAGGUGGCUCAGGACCCUGACUGCGGGGCCAUUGUGCAACAAGGUAUCUCUACGAUCGUCAAGACGUCCAGUAUAACACAAAGUCUCAAAGGCAUUGUUACAGCUGGUUUGUGGAAGACAGUGUCAUACAGCUCCAGAAAGUUGAAGAAAAUGUGGAGGGGCUGGAGGAGGAAGUCGUCUGUCUCACACAUGUCCUGAUGCAGAUGAUUCAAAACUGUCCGUUUUUAUUAUUUUUAUUUAAACUAUCCAUAUUCCACCAUUUAUUUCCUGUUUUUACACCUUGGAAAACUGACUUGAACAAU